CCGGGCGGAAACGCGAACCGCGCAAGGCGGUUCCGGGCGGGUCAGGUUCCAGGUUCCAAUGCUCGCGGGGCCGCUCCGGGCAGGAGGCCCGGCUUCGCGGCGUGCGGGUUCCGAUCAGGAACGGCGGCCGCAUAGGACAGUUCCUCGCCGGCGGGGUUCGGGGCCGUUCCCGGUGCCCCUUCGAGGGGUUCCGGACGGCACCGGGUGUCCCAGCAAAACCGUUCCGGGCGGAAACGGAAGCCGCGCGGGGCCGUUCCGGGCGCCAUGGCCCGCAAGAAGCUUUACCGGCCGAUCGCAGCGAUGGCGAAGAAGAUCCGCGAGUACCGAGCGCUGAAAGAGCGGCCGCGGGAAUCGCAGCGGUUCGCGCUGGACCCGGAGACCCUGCGGCGGCCGCUGACGCAGAAGCGGCUGCCGGUGCGCGCUUGGGAGGACGCGCGGAGCGAGCAGCGGCUCCUGGCGCUCCUGAGCCGCCUCCCUCGCUUCGGGCAGGGCCGCACCGUCACCCGCAAGUCCUGGCUCGGGGCGCACGACGAGCCCUGCUACUGGGUCAUCGCCAGGGUGAGGCCCGACUACACGGCUGAGGACAUGGACCAUGGCAGAGCCUGGGGCUACCUCACCUUCCGAGGCAAAACUGAAGAGCAACUCAAAGAGAUCGACCAGGUCAUGUACCACGACUGGCGCCUGGUGCCCAAGCACGAGGAGGAGGCCUUCAAGAAAUUCACCCCAGUGGUGGAGGACACCAUUCGGUACCUUCCGUACCCACCUCUGCUCCGAGCCAUGAUCCUUGCGCAGUGGGAGAAGGAGGGAAAACCGAUCACGGAGGAGCCAAUGAUUGAUCUGGAGAAGGUCAUGGCCUCUCCCCGUCGGCGUGCAAAGCAAAAAGGUACAGGGACACCAGUAUAAAGACUUGUCCCAUGUCCUGAGCCUUCUAAGUUCUCUCACUGCAUUAGGAGCAUCUUACGGAUUACCCCCUUGGCCCAGCUGGGAUGGUGUGUUCAGGCUUCCCAGCUUUCUCCCCAGCCCCGUGCAGUCUGAAAGGAACGGAAAAAUGCAGAUGCAUUCCCAUUCUUUUUCCAUAACCCUGGUCUGGGUCAGCAGAGGAACCUUCUUGGUUCCCUGCCUAGUCUCUGAAUGCAUCACUCCUGUCCUCCAGCUACAAUUCUUUGGAGCACAAUUUCCUUUGCAGCCUGAAAGUAUGGUUUUUAAAGGACAUUUUUCUUAUAAUUUGGGAUAAAAUGAGAAUAUCAGGUUAUUCUGCAGGGCUGUGAACAAAUGUAUGUCCUAGGGGAAAUAAAUAGUCUCUUAUUUCCGCA